AUGGCAGACAAGUGGCAUAUCGCCUCUGUCGCAACGGCGGCAUUAUACGUGCUGAGGCCUCUAGCCGUCCUGAUCUGGUACAUCGUCCGCUAUAUCAUCUUCGUCGUCGUGAUAUUGUUGCAGUUCCUGUACCAACCUCUCCGGUUCCUGCUGCAACCCUUCAUUUACUUCGGCCGCUUGAUCCUGCUUUGCCUUCUGGUACCGUUCCAGCUAUUAGCGAAGCUUGAGACAAUCUACAUCUACCUGGGUGUGGCUGCCAUUGUUGGAGCUCUUGUUGGCCUCGCACUGAGCUACACCUACGGCUCAAUUUCUACUGCUCUGCACUUGGACGCCAAAUCCGGGCCUGCGCGUCUACGAACAGCAAGGCAGUACCGCGAGGCGAACCGUAAGCGACGAGAGAAGGCGGAGGUACCAUUGAUUCCCCCGGCACCAUCGUCGCCAGUGACAAUGUCCUCAGGUCAACCUUCUCCGGCGCAUCUCAGCCUCUCGGAUAGCGCCCGCAAGACAAGGCGUGGCAAAGGCUUACUCAACCAGACCAUCAUAGAGGAGCUCGACUCGGAGUACUGA